AUGCAGAAAGAAAACUGUACAGUUGUCACUGAACUACUGAUUACUGGAUUCCAGGAUCUACAUAUAUUUAAAAUUCCUUUGUUCAGUUCUUUACUGAUGGCUUAUGUGGUGACCUGCUUAGAGCACUGCCUGGUUAUUGUGCUGGUAAUCACCAAUGUGCACCUUCAAACACCCAUGUACUUUUUAAUAAGCAUUUUGUCUUCCUGCGAAAUAUUAUAUGUUACAAAUAUUGUCCCUAAGAUGCUGUAUGAUACUUUAUCUGAGAGAGGAGCUACUUCUGUCCUAGGUUGUAUUACCCAGUUAAAUCUCUUUGGAACACUGGGAAUGAUAGAAAGUUUACUUUUUGCACUUAUGGCCUAUGACAGAUAUUUGGCCAUUGCUAAGCCACUAAGGUACUCGGCACUUAUGGACAACUGGCUUUGUUUCCGCCUGGUUAUUGGGUUGUGUCUAAUAUCUUUUAUAUCUGUCAUGAUUAUAUCAAUAUUAUUAAGUAAAAUUGAAUUUUGUGGCGCUAACAUCAUUAAUCACUUUUAUUGUGACUUUGGUCCCCUAAUUGCACUAUCACGUUCAGAUACAACUUUGAUACAACAGAUGGCAUUUCUACUCAGUUCACUUUUCACAUUAUUGCCUUUUAUUCUGAUUUUUCUAUCGUACAUGUGCAUUCUGUACACAAUCCUUAGAAUACGAUCAUCCGUAGGAAGACAGAAAGCAUUUUCUACCUGCAGCUCUCAUCUCUUUGCAGUUACUAUUUACUAUGCAACAUUUAUAAGUAUUUAUGUAGUUCCAACUGGGUCACAAUACACUUAUAUCAAUAAACAAAUAUCAUUUUUGUACAUUGUGGUGAUUCCAUUAAUAAACCCAAUUAUAUAUACCUUAAAAAAUCAGGAUAUUCAUAAGGCACUGCAGAAAAAGAUAAGUGAUGUAAAAAUGUUUUUUUGA